AUGGUGCAGAGCACAUCGGACAAAAAGGCCUUUUUCCAAGGACUUGAGAGGCUAGAUGCCUUGUUGGAUGACUCAGGUGAUGAUUCCGAUGAGGGGUUUUCUCAGAUUAUAGCACUGGCGAAUGACUAUGUUGAGCCUGUUCACCAAGUCGAGCCUGCUCCUUCCGAUUCACCGGUGCAGAAAACAGGUGCAUUGGGAGCAACUUCCGCUUUACAAUCACCUUCACUUGAUGUAACGGACCAUGGAAAGUGCGGGGACACAUCUAUAGUUGUCAUUGAAGAGAUACAUGCUCCUUCUGUGAAAGGAUCAAGCAUCAUGGGAGCUCCGAAGAAGAAAGUCGACGGCAAGAGAAAUCGAACAUGUACUACGAAAAUAGUUGCGGAACAGCAUCAAAUCUUCAAGGGCCUCGUAUUCUUUUUCUUCCCGAAUAGCGACGUUUCUCCUUUGCGGCGGCUGCGCAUCCAGCGAGCGCAGGAGUAUGGUGCUCUCUGGGCUCGGACUUGGGGUGAUAGUGUCACACAUGUAAUCGUCGACAAAGGUUUAACUUUCCAGGAGGUUCUGAGGCAUCUUUGUUUGGAGACGUUUCCGUCGAACAUUGCCCUCCUCGAUGAGAGUUAUCCUUCGGAAUGCAUUAAGUUUAGAACGGUCUUAAGUACAUCUCAUGUGCGAUUCCAAAUAACUGGGAUGCCGGUCGUCUCAGAAGCAAGGGAGGCGUCCCAGCGAAAUGAACCCUCGGAUGAGUCUUUGCUGUUGAAGCCAGCUGGCAGACAACAGCGACAGCUUGAAACUCAGACACAGCCAUCUGAGAGCGAGGACGACUCGGAAUACCGACCCGAUGUACAAAAAGUCGACGGCUAUUCAGACGAGGCACAUAACGAGGUGGUUUAUGAGCCACUUCGUGGACGCGAUGCCCUGGAUGACAUGAUUGAUGAAGCAAAAGCUGUGAAGGACUUGCCUUUGGAGCCACUGGAUUCCUUUGAUGAUGAACAUCCAACUGAAGAGGCCGACUUGGGAAUUUCCGAAGAAUCGGACUGCCAGCCAACCAAACGAAAGAGAAAAAGAACAUCAAGACGGGAUAGCGAAAGGAGAGACGACUGGCAGCAAAGGUUUGCAUGCAUGCAAAAGCAUGAUCCCAAGUCGGAUUCUGAGAAUCCCAACAGUCGGACCAUUGAUGUUCUUCAACAGAUGCUAGACUAUUAUGCAAGGACUAAUGACCACUGGCGAAUGCUUGCCUAUCGCAAAGCCAUCUCCGCUCUUCGGAGGCAGCCAACAAAGAUUCUCACGAGAUCACAGGCAAUCGCUAUCCCAGGAGUAGGACCGCGCUUGGCGGAUAAGAUCGAGGAAAUCGUGUGCACAAACCGGCUCCGUCGCUUAGAAAAUACCAGUUUUACGCGCGAGGAUAUCAUACUUCAGGAGUUCUUGAGUGUUUACGGCGCUGGGAUUUCGCAGGCCUCGAAGUGGCUUGCUCAAGGCUACAGAUCACUAGAGGAUCUAAGGACUAAAGCCUCCCUGACCCCUCAGCAACAAAUCGGUGUCGAUCACUACCACGAUUUCUCUCAACGGAUCCCGCGAAAGGAAGUAGAGACACAUGGCGAGAUCGUUAAAAUGGCCGUGCAAAAGGCUGACCCUGGAAUGCAGGUCAUCAUCGCUGGGUCUUACCGACGUGGCGCUGCUGACUGCGGAGACAUCGAUCUGCUAAUCACCAAACCGGAUGCGACGAUUGAGCAGAUUCGUGCCCUAAUGAUCGAUGUGGUAGUCCCGAAACUCUUCAAACGGGGCUUCCUGCAAGCCAGUUUGGCGAUUACGUCGCGAGGGGAUGGGUCUAAAUGGCAUGGCGCAUCUCUAGCUCCGGGCAGCCAGAUCUGGCGACGGAUCGAUCUUCUUUUCGUACCGGGCUCGGAGAUUGGCGCUGCACUGAUUUACUUUACUGGGAAUGACAUUUUCAAUCGAAGCAUGAGGCUAUUGGCUAGCAAGAAAGGCAUGCGAUUGAAUCAGCGCGGACUAUAUACGGAUGUACUGCGAGGUCCGCAGCGGGUGAAGCUGAAUACCGGUCGGCUGCUGGAGGGUCGCCAUGAGCGACGUAUUUUUGAGAUUCUGGGAGUUCCAUGGCGUCCUCCCGAACAUCGUGUAUGCUGACGUGCCCGGACCUUUUUGGGUUUUGUUCGCGUUUUUCCGGAAACUGGCAAUGCUUUCUGGGAGUACGCUUAAUGACAG